CCAGGAUACGGGCCCUUUCAGUCACUAGGUAAAGGUAGAAAAUUCCCGACACGCGCUCCUGCCUUGCUCCGAAAAUAGCUGGCCAGAGCUGGUGGGUGGUUCUGAUACGGAAAGUCUAACCACAAUUCAAGUCAAGUACCACCAAGAAGAUGAGUUCGUUCCGGUUCGAAAUGAUCCCUGGGGGUACGAUUGUUCUGUUGCUGCUGUCACUGAUGGCUGUGAUGAUUAAUGUGGCCGAUUGUUCGUUGCCUGACACUCUCAAAGUUUGUUCGCGUAAUGAAACCAAGAUGAAUGAGUGCAUCAUCGAUGCGGUGGAACACAUUCGGAAGAAUAUGGCCACCGGGGACUUUGGAGCAGACUUCAACGUACCACGAAUCGAACCACUGUUUAUCGAGCAGGUUAAGAUGCAAAACGGUCGAGAUCUGCAGGCGGUGGUCAACAAGAUCAACGUUUCCGGCUGUAGCACGUUCAAAUUCGAACGGAUGCAAUCGAAACCAAUGAAUUUAUCAUUCGAUUUUGUGAUUUCUAUACCGCGGCUCAAUUUUACCGGAAAGUAUGCCCUGAAGAUGAAACUACUGCUGUUGAAUCUACAGGGAAAAGGAGACAUUAAUGGAACACUGAAACCAGCCCUGUCCGUUUGCAAUACUAGGGACCCGAGUGUGGAUAAGUGCAUUAUCGAUGUGAUCGAACGGAUUCGGCCGAACAUCGGUUCCGGCAAUUAUGGUUCGGAAAACAAACACCCCCCGAUGGAACCGAUCGUGCUUGAGAGUAUUCGUAUCGAGCGUGGUCCGUCCUUUUCGGCUAACUUCUCCAAUCUGGUGAUCAACGGAGCGACCAAGUUUGUCAUCAAGAAGCUCAAGACGGAUUUCAGCCAGAGGAGAAUUAACGCCAGCGUUAUUCUGCCAGUGUUGGAUGUCCUGGGCAAAUACUCGCUGAACAUGAACAUUUUGGUCCUGCGCAUCAGCGGCGCUGGUGAUAUUCGCGUUCAGCUCAAUGACACCAAGGCAAUCCUCCGGCUGGAGUACUUCACGGAAAAAAUCGACGGCAAGGAGUUUGUCCGCUUCCAGCCGAUCGAUCUGAAGCUGAAGUUCGAUAAGGCCUCCUUCCAGCUGAAAAACCUCUUCAACGGUGACCCGAUGCUCGAGAAGGUAGGUAACGAUGCGAUCAACGAAAAUCCGCACGUGCUACUGGACGAGGUGAAACAAUCGUUCGAGGAGGGACUGGCGGAAAAGUUCACCGCCACCGCUAACAGUCUGGUGAAGAAUUCCGAGGUGACUGAAAUUUUCCCCGCCAAGGAGUAGUGACGCCAUCGUUGGAAGGGCGGUACUUUGAUGGUUGUGAUUAGAAAGGGGCUCUGUAAUAAAGAGGAGAUUUACGUAAGCAA